UGAAAUCAGAUGUCAAGAUGAAGUCAUGUGCUCAGGAGGUUCGACUUUAUUAAAGAGAUGACUGUGUAUAUAUGACUGUUCAGAUGACUGUGUAUAUAUGCAGUUGGUGUUUGAAUGGCAAAGGGUGAAGUGAUAUGACCCCAUCAUGGAGACUCACUGUGUUUUAGGCUGGUUUCUCCUCUGUCUACUUUCAGUCAGUGAAUGCAUUGCCACAAAAGUCAUUGGUAUUGAGGGCCAGAAUGUCACUCUGCCAUGUAAAUAUAACACCAAAAAGCAUGGUGUAUCAGCCAUAUGUUGGGGGAGAGGAGCCAUACCGAACUCUGGUUGUUACGAGGAAAUCAUCUCAUCUGAUGGCAUUAAAGUGACAUGGAGAUCUUCGGUUAGAUAUCAUUUAUUCGGUGAUCUGAAGACAGGGGAUGUCUCUCUAACCAUCUUCAAUGUCACUGAAAAAGACUCUGGACUGUACGGCUGUCGUGUGCAUGUUUACGGAUUGUGGAAUGAUGAGAAACAUCAUGUCAACUUGAACAUUGAGAAAGUACCUGUCCCGACAACAUCUCAGGCACCUGCUAAAGUGACCAUAACUCAACAGACCACGGACAACCACACACACUGUCAUGUGACCACAAAUUCCACAGAGUAUUCAGACACAUCCACGCUACCUUACAGCGAAUCAAUUUUGGAGCAGAUGACAGGCCAUAAGCUGCCUGUGAUCCUGGUGUCCAUGCUACUGGUUUUGACAGGCGUGGUGAUUGUGUCUGUACUUGUUGUCUUGAGAAAGCGAUGGAAAUCAAUUGCUACGGGAGUCCAAAUCAGGCCAGAGCACUCUGGCAGCACAGUCCUGUACAGCAACUCAGAGUCCAGCUUGGGUGUGCAUACUCGAGAGAUGGCGGUAGAGAACGUCUAUCAAAUAGAUGACAACGAGAGAGACGACUAUGAGGAGUGCCCCUGACAAAGCAUGGACACAUCACCACAGUCAUGCUGUUAACACUGUGCAGUGCAUAACCCGGUAGCUCUGUGUUACAGGACUGAGUCUGAACUUAUAGGCUAAUGAUUCAACCAUACAAGACAAGCUACAACAAAAUCAGAUGCUUUUGGUGAUAAAUGAGUAAAACUUUACUUGAUUUGUAUGUUUGAAAUGUUUGUUUGAAACGAAAGGCUCGCUAGUAUGGCUAUCUAUGUGUAUUCAGCACUAUAAGUGUAAGUUUCAAUUACGAUGACUGUAUUUUUUUGUAUGUAAUACAAGGUACAAAAAAUGGCAUCAACUUGAAAAGCAAUUACUUUUCUCUGAAGGGGCCUUUUCUAUCCCCUCCAUCUCCUUUAACCAUGACAUUUAGCUUCACCCAUCUGCAACAGGAUCCAGGCAUAGAAAGGCAGCUAAGUGAAAGGUCAAACAUAACCACAGCAUUCUUCACAAAUUGUC